AUGUUUAUUGUAUUAAUUAGUUUCAUCCUGUUGGUUGAAGAUGAUAAAGAUAGUGAUUAUGUUGAUGAAAGUAGUAAUACAGAUUAUUGUAAAGAUAACGAUGAUGAUAAAGAUGAUGGCAAAGAUGAUGAUGACGAUAAAGGUAAUAAUGAUGAUGAUGAUUAUAAAUAUAACGAUGAUAAUAAAGGUGAUGGUGCAGAUAAUGAUGAUAAUACAGAUAGUGAUAAAGAUAAUUAUAAAGAUAACGAUGAUGAUAUAGAUGAUGGUAAAGAUUAUGAUGAUAAUACAGAUAGUGAUCAAGAUGAUUAUAAAGAAAACGAUGGUGAUGAUGAUGAUGAUGAUAAAGAUAAUGAUGAUAAUAAAGAUAAUAGUAGUGAUGAUGAUGAUAAAGAUAAUGAUGAUAAUAAAGAUAAUAGUAGUGAUGAUGAUGGUAAAGAUAACAGUGAUGAUAAAGAUAAUGAUGAUAAUAAAGAUAGCGUUAUAAUAAAGAUAACGAUGAUAAUGAUGAUGAUGAUAAUAAAGAUAAAGAUAAUGAUGAUAAAGAUAACGAUGGUGAUAAAGAUAAUGAUGGUGAUAAAGAUAACGAUGAUGAUAAAGAUAAUGAUAAAAUAA